UGGGCCGCUGAAGAGCAGGCCGGCAAGCCGUCCGGGAGCGGCGGGGGCGGUGCCCAGCCCGCGGGAGGGAGGAGGAGGGCCGCGGCCCGAGGGAAAGGGAAAAACGAGGGCUGGAGGGCGCCAGCAGCCAGCCCGUCGGCGGGGACCGGCAGAUUUGUGCAGUUUCUCCAUCUUUUCUUCUGAACUUCCUGUCAGGAUGCUUUUCUCUGGUGGGCAGUGUGGCCGUGUUGGCAGACCUGAAGAACUUUUACUGACGUUCAGGAUAUUCCUUGUCAUCAUUUGUCUUCAUGUCACGCUGGUUACAUCCCUGGAAGAGCAUGCUGAUAAUUCCAGUUUGUUAUCACCUUCUGCUGAAUCAUCUCUUGUUGGUUUUGUCCCCUACUCCAAUGGUACUCCAGAGGUUGAAACUACAAGCCUAAAUGAUGCUACUUCGAGCGUAUUAUCUACUUUGAACAAAACAGAAAAAACUAAAAUCACUAUAGUAAAAACCUUCAAUGCAUCAGGUGUCAAACCUCAGAGAAAUAUCUGCAAUUUGUCAUCUAUUUGCAAUGACUCAGCCUUUUUUAGAGGUGAGAUCAUGUUUCAAUAUGAUGAAGAAAGCAAUGUUACCCAGCAGAAUCAAGUUAUGGCUAAUGGCACCUCAACUGGAAUCCUGUCUCUAAGGGAAUUGAAACGAUCAGAACUCAACAAAACCCUGCAAACUUUAAGUGAGACUUAUUUUAUAGUGUGUGCUACAGCAGAGGCCCAAAGCACAUUAAAUUGUACAUUCACGAUAAAACUGCAUAAGACAAUGAACAUAUGUGCUGUGAUGGUUGCUUUGCAAACAGUAAAGAUUCGACCGAUGGAACAGUGCUGCUAUUCUGUCAGGAUCCCCUGCCCUUCCUCCCCGGAAGAGUUAGAAAAACUGCAGUGUGACCUGCAGGAUCCCGUUGUGUGUCUUGCUGGUCAUCCACGUGGUCCACCAUUUUCUUCUUCCAGCAAUUCCAUCCCAGUUGCUCCUCAGGCCACCAUUGUGUCCCAGACCUCCAGUGCCUUCUCUUUUGCUGAGCCUCUAGCUCAUCCACCUGUAAUCCAGAGCCCUCACUCUCCAACAGGGGUGAUUCCCCUUCCUUCUCCCCAGCCUUCAGCUCCCAUAGCUUCCAGCCCUGCCAUUGAUAUGCUCCCCGAGUCUGGAACUAUCUCUUCCCCUGUGCCUCCAACUGAUCUUUCCCACACCCUGCCACCUGUGAAAUCCUUACCUCCCUCUCCCACCACGUCUGCCCCCGUGAAUGUCAACACGACCAGCACACCUCCUGACAAGACAGAAAUUGUUCACACCAGCAGCGUCAGUGUUUCUGAGCUUGAGAACCAAGUGUCCCGGAUGGAGAAGCUUCUUUCCUUAGGCAGCUUGGAGCCUAACCUCGCAGGACAAAUGAUAAACCAAGUCAGCAAACUCCUUCAUUCCCCGCCCACCUUGCUGGCCCCUUUGGCCCAAAGAUUGCUAAAAGUAGUGGAUGACAUUGGCUUACAGCUGAAUUUUUCAACCAAGACCAUAAGUCUGACCUCCCCUUCUUUGGCUCUGGCUGUGAUCAGAGUGAAUGCCAGUAAUUUUGACACAACUACUUUUGCUGCCCAAGACCCUGCAAAUCUUCAGGUUUCUCUGGAAACUCAGGCUCCUGAGAAUAGUAUUGGUGUUAUUACUGUGCCUUCAUCGCUGAUGAGUAAUUUGCCAGCUAAUGAUGUGGAGCUGGCUUCCAGGGUGCAGUUCAACUUUUUUGAAACACCUGCCCUGUUUCAGGACCCUGCCUUGGAGAACCUCUCUCUGAUCAGCUAUGUCAUUUCCUCGAGCGUGGCGAACCUGACAGUCAAGAAUUUGACAAGAAACGUGACGGUUACAUUAAAGCACAUCCACCGGAGCCAGGAUGACUUAACAGUGAGAUGUGUAUUUUGGGACUUGGGCAGAAACGGUGGCAGAGGAGGCUGGUCAUCUGAUGGCUGCUCUGUCAAAGACAGGAGGCUAAAUGAAACCACCUGUACCUGCAGCCACCUUACAAGCUUCGGCGUCCUACUGGACUUGUCUCGAACAUCCUUGCCACCGGCUCAGAUAAUGGCCCUGACAUUUAUCACCUAUAUUGGUUGUGGGCUUUCAUCAAUUUUUUUGUCAGUUACUCUUGUAACCUACAUAGCCUUUGAAAAGAUCCGGAGGGAUUACCCUUCCAAAAUCCUCAUCCAGCUGUGUGCGGCUCUGCUCCUGCUGAACCUGGUGUUUCUCUUGGACUCGUGGAUUGCUUUGUACGACAUAAGAGGCCUCUGCAUUUCAGUGGCUAUAUUUCUGCAUUAUUUUCUCUUGGUCUCAUUCACUUGGAUGGGCCUGGAAGCGUUCCAUAUGUACCUGGCCCUUGUCAAAGUGUUUAAUACUUACAUCCGCAAAUACAUCCUUAAAUUCUGCAUUGUUGGUUGGGGGGUACCAGCUGUGGUUGUGACCAUUGUCCUGAUUAUAUCUCCAGAUAACUAUGGACUUGGAUCCUAUGGGAAAUUCCCCAACGGGUCACCUGAUGACUUUUGCUGGAUCAACAGCAAUGCUGUAUUCUAUAUUACGGUUGUGGGAUAUUUCUGUGUGAUAUUUUUGCUGAACGUCAGCAUGUUCAUUGUGGUCCUGGUUCAACUUUGUCGAAUUAAAAAGAAGAAGCAACUGGGAGCCCAGCGAAAAACCAGUAUUCAAGAUCUCAGGAGCGUCGCUGGCCUUACGUUUUUACUAGGAAUUACUUGGGGCUUUGCCUUCUUUGCCUGGGGACCAGUUAAUGUCACCUUCAUGUAUCUCUUUGCCAUCUUUAACACCUUACAAGGAUUUUUCAUAUUCAUCUUUUACUGUGUAGCAAAAGAGAAUGUCAGAAAGCAGUGGAGGCGGUAUCUGUGUUGUGGAAAGUUACGACUGGCUGAAAAUUCUGACUGGAGUAAAACUGCUACUAAUGGUUUAAAGAAGCAGACUGUAAACCAAGGAGUCUCGAGCUCUUCAAAUUCCUUACAGUCAAACAGUAAUUCUACCCAGUCCACCACGCUGCUAGUGAAUAAUGAUUGCUCAGGACUCACGAGCGGAAACGCGAAUGCUUCUACAGAGAAGAAUGGUUUUUCUUUCAGUCUUCAGAAUGGAGAUGUGUGCCUCCAUGAUUUCACUGGAAAACAGCACAUGUUUAAUGAGAAAGAAGAUUCCUGCAAUGGUAAAAACCGUAUCGCUCUAAGAAGGACUUCAAAGCGGGGAAGCUUACACUUUAUUGAGCAAAUGUGAUUCCUUUUCCUAAAAUCAAAGCAUGUUGCUUGACAGUGUGAAAAUGUCCAAUCUUACUUUUUACACAAUGUGAGUUGUAUGAAAAUCAACUAAUUUUAUACUCAGCAACUUCUGGAGGAGCAUAAGCUAAUUGAGGGCAAUGGUUGCUAUUGGAACAGGAAACCAAGACAUUAUACCAUGGUUCUUAGACAUUUGUGAUUUGGUUUUUUAUCCUUCAUUUUAAAAGAAGACUGGUUUUAAACAACACACUAAGAAUAAGACUUGUUUUUAAAAAAUCAAAGUAGUUCAUUUCCAGCCCCAGUUAAAGAUGCUAAGUUAUCUUUGAUAACAUUAUAUAAAGCCACUGUUGACUUCAGCCUGUUGGUGAGUUUCGUUGUGCAUGCCUUUGUUGUAAAUAAGCUAAAUUCUAGUGACCCACAUGUCAAAAAUCUUACUUCUACAUUUUUGGUAUUUAUUUUCUACUGUGUAAAUUUCUUUCUUUGUAGAAUCACGGUUGUGUUGUUGUGUCUAAUGUGAUAAUUCAGAAAAUCCUUGCUGAUUCAGUGAACUCUAAAGCUCCUUUUGGAGCUUAUAUGGGAUGUGAAAUACAGGAACUUCACUGAAAUCAAGAAAUAAUGACGCCAGCCAGACUGGAAAAAUGUAAGCAGAUAGUGCCACAGUUAGCUCAUACAGUGCCUUGGAGUGAGUUAGAAAAAGGUGCCGCCACUGGGCAGACACAGCCCCAUGGGCUCAUGAUUUGGCAAACAGAAUGAGGGCCAUAUUUUAGCCCCACUCACCCUCUUGGGUGCACCGUUGUUCAGGGUACCACCUGUACAACCGUACAUAGCAUCCAAUACCGACACACAUCUCCUGACCUCUUCCCUAAUCAUCAGAUUAUGGAAGCUGCACCAAGAUGUUUAGCUUAAUACCUUGGUCACAGAGAGGGAAGGAACUGUAAUCUAGACCAUAUGGUAGAAAAAUCGUGAAUGUGGAAGAGAUACACACACUGCCACUUCUCAAAUCCCCAGAGCCUUUCAGAAAAGGGGAGUAGAGUAGGAUUACUUUUUAAAAGAGAUGUACAUUUAAAAAAAUCGUAUUGCUGUUCUUUAAAAAGCAACUGCAUGGUACUUUGUUGAUUGCUAUGACUGGUACACUCUGGCCCAGCCAGAGCUAUAAUUAUUUUUUUAAAAGAAUUGUCUUGAUGAGUGUAUAGUGACAAGGGGGAGCAGCUAUUGGGAACAGUGAACUAUCCUGCAAUGCUAUUGUUUCCAUAUGUAUCAAACCCUGAUUGCUCCUAGUCAUAGCGAGUCUAUCUUGCUUCCUACCUACAACUGCUUGAGCAGUGCCUCAAGUAUGUCCUUAUUAGGAACAUUUCAAAAACCUUUAGUUAGGUCUUUCACUAAGGUUCCCUUGCAUAUAUUUUAAGUGAAUGUUGUAUCCCAGACUAACCACAGUAAUAAUGUAAUACACUUCUGUGAGUGCUGAUUUGUCUUUGCAAUAUUUCUUCUCCGAUUUAUUUAAUUGUCUUGUAUUUAUACAUUAAAAUUGACAAAAAUGUUAAAAUUGCCAAAAUAAAUUCGCAG